AAGGGGGGGGAAGCAUUCCGCUUGAGCCAAGUGCGCUGCUCCGUCUACUCCCCUUCCUUCCGGCCCUAAACCGGAAGUUAGAACUAGGAAGUCGAGGGGGGGAAGACUUUAUUGACAAAUCAAUGAAAUAAAUAAAAGGCGAAGAAGAACAAGAGGGGAUGUCGGUGAAUUACGCGGCCGGGCUGUCCCCUUACUCGGACAAAGGGAAAUGCGGCCUUCCUGAGUUCUUGGACCCUCCCGAGGAGCUGGAGGAGAAAACCCGCCGGCUUGCGGACAUGAUCCGAGAAGCGGCCAACAUCGUGUUUCACACGGGGGCUGGCAUCAGUACGGCGUCGGGGAUCCCGGACUUCAGAGGCCCAAACGGCGUCUGGACCAUGGAAGAACGGGGCUUGGCGCCCAAGUUUGACACCACUUUUGAGAAUGCUCGGCCGUCCAAAACCCACAUGGCCCUUCUGGGGCUGCAGAGAGCAGGCAUCCUGCAGUUCCUGGUCAGUCAGAACGUGGACGGUCUCCAUGUGCGAUCCGGCUUCCCCAGAGACAAGCUGGCGGAGUUGCACGGGAACAUGUUUGUGGAGGAAUGCAUGAAAUGUGGCAAGCAGUAUGUGAGGGACACUGUCGUAGGCACAAUGGGGUUGAAGCCGACAGGGCGGCUGUGUGACGCUUCCAAACGCCGAGGGCUGCGCUCCUGCAGGGGAAAGCUCAUGGACACCAUCUUAGACUGGGAAGAUUCUCUGCCAGAUCGGGAUCUCAGCCUGGCAAGUGAAGCCAGCAGGAAAGCAGACCUUUCUGUCACGUUGGGAACCUCCCUUCAGAUCAAGCCCAGUGGAGAUCUUCCUUUGCUGACGAAGAAGAAAGGGGGAAAGCUUGUGAUAGUGAAUUUGCAGCCCACGAAACACGACAAGCACGCAGAUCUGCGCAUCCAUGGUUAUGUCGACGACAUCAUGGCAAAGCUCAUGAAGCACCUUGGGGUGGAGAUCCCUGAGUGGGCAAAGCCUGUGGUGGUGGAGAAGGCCGAGCCCCUCGACCUCAAGCCUUUGGCAAAACCCGGCACGAACUUUCAGCUCCCGAGCAAGGAGGAGCCCAUCCCGCACUGUAACGGCACAGGGGGGAGCACAGAUCUCGGGAGGUCUCCGAAGCAUGGAUCCAGCCAUUCGGACACAAACUCCGGAAUCGCCAAACGGCUAAAGCGGGAAUCGCCACUGACCUGAUCCAUCCUUGUCUCCGUGCCCUCAUUCAUUCAUGAGACCGAGGUAGGACUCGGCCGCUCCUUUUCCUCUGCCGUUUGCGUAGGACUUUUUACAAAGACGUUCGUUCCCUCCUUGCCCCCCCACACCUUUGUUUGAUAUUGGGGGGUUUGCCCCCCUCCCAGGAGAUUUGAUCUCAUCUUUGCUCAUUAUACUCCAACAGCAUUCCCAGCACCCAAACAUCCACCUCUUAUUUUCAUUUUGAGUGUUUGGGGGAUGGCAUGUGGAGAGCCCAACACACACACACACACACACACCAAUUUUACGUUAAAACCCCGACUUGUAGAGGACUUCAGGAGAUGAGAAGUACUUGGAGAGGCUUCCGCCUGUGGGAAUGCGCCUCAUGACACACACCCCAUUUUGGCUGCCCUAUGCAAGCAGAAAAAUAAAAACAAGAAGAGGGGUUUUGAGGGGUUCCUUGGCCAGCUUCUUGCCCAGCUUGCAUACGGAGGUAAAUCAUGGUUUCCUGUUUUCAGAAUUAGCUGAGUUAGCUCCUACCACACUCAGGGGUGCCUGCUCUUUUCCUACUUUCUUUCCAUCCUCUUUCACAGACUGUAUACUCAGGGCCACCCAAUCUUUCUUUUAUAAAUGCCCCCGAGCUUCCUGGGACAUCUGGAUGUAGGGAGAAAUGGUGGCUUGAUGCACCACAAGAAGGAUUCCUUUUUUAAUAAAACUAAGCCACUCCUCACACUUCAAGCCAUUAGGGCCUUGGAAAAUGUAUUAUAUACAUAUAGUACAGCAGGAGUCCCUUAUCUGUGCUUUCACUUAUCUACGGUCUUGAAAAGGUUAAAAUAUUAAAAGAAUAAAACUAGAAAUGUGUAUUUACCAGAACUGGCCAGUAGGGGGAGCCAGAGCCCAUGCUAGGUGGUAUUGUUGGUGAAGAAUGCCUAGCAUGGUCUCCGGCUCUUUCUAGUGGUCAGUUCUGGUAAUACAUGAUGAAAAUACAUUUUUCUGGGUUUAUUUUCUUUUACCAUGUUAUGUAUAGUACUUGCUAUUAUCUGCAGUUUUCAGCAUCCAUGGGAAGGGGAGCCUUGGAACCAAUCCCCUAUAGACAUGGGGGAGGAGGCCGUACUGUAUAUUUUCAUCACUUUCAGCGUUGCCCAGCCCCCCAAAAUGACCCAAGUCUUUCUGACUCUUCCCUCGCCCACAAUAUCACCUGCACACCAACGCCCCUUCUUUGCAGCCUUAAGGUCUAGAAACUUGUGAUUUAAUGACAAGAAAAGACACUCAGGACACCCGGCACUCCAUACUGUCUCUGCCCGCCUCCCGCGUGCAAAGAUUAAUUUAGCAUUGUACAUAUGUACAUAUGUGUUAUCUGAUUCUUUUAGUAAUGCCCUUUUAUGCAUGUUU